AAAGCAAAUAAAAGAUAGCUGCGGUCUACUCCUCCUCGUCCUCUUCUUCUUCUCUGACCCGUCAUUGGUGGCUGCCCAUUCUCCACAGCGACAGCCCCCUUCUCCCAUUCCCGAUCUGCCCUAAACCCCUGGUUCAUCUGGGUUCCACCUCCACCGCCAUGAGCAAGAAGAACGGGGCCGACCCCUCAACCUACAUUGCCGUCCUCCUUCUGCUAGUCUCUUUCUUCCUCCUCCCUUGCCUGGCCGUGGAGGACGACGUCCUCUGCCUCGAGGGCAUCAAGAGGUCGCUCUCCGACCCCGAUGGCCGCCUUUCCGGCUGGGAUUUCACCAACACCUCCGUCUCCUUCAUCUGCAACCUCGACGGCGUCACCUGCUGGAACCUCAAGGAGAGCCGCCUCCUCAGCAUCCGCCUCUCCUCCUUCGGCCUCUCCGGCCGCUUUCCGGAGUCGCUUAAGUACUGCCACAGCCUUCAGUCCCUCUACCUCUCUGAAAACUCUAUCUCUGGCCCGCUCCCGCCGCAAAUCUGCUCCUGGCUCCCCUACUUGGUCACCCUAGAUCUCUCCAACAACUCCCUCUCCGGCCCAAUCCCGCCGCAGAUAGCCGACUGCAAGUUCCUCAACGACCUAGUCUUGAACGACAACCGCCUCUCCGGCUCCAUCCCCUACGAGGUGGCCCGAUUGGACCGCCUCAGGCAGCUCUCUGUGGCGGGCAACGGCCUCUCGGGCCCGAUACCGGCCGAUUUGUCGAAAUUCAGUAAGGAAGCCUUCGCGGGCAACAGCGGGCUCUGCGGGAAGCCGCUCAAGUCCUGCGGCGGGUUGAGCAAUAAGAGCCUUGCCGUGAUUAUUGCCGCCGGGGUUGUCGGGGCUGCUGUAUCUGUGAUUCUAGGGUUCCUCGUUUGGUGGGUAUACUUCAAUCGGCGGAAGAGAGGGUACGGAGCUGCGGGUGGUCGGGAAGACAGCAACUGGGUUGAGUUCCUUAGGGCUUAUAAGCUUGUCCAGGUUUCCCUGUUCCAGAAGCCACUUGUGAAGAUCAAGCUUGCCGAUUUGUUGGCCGCUACAAAUAGUUUCGAUCCCCGAAACAUCGUGAGCUCGAAUCAGACCGGCGUGUCGUAUCGGGCUGUUCUGCCCGAUGGUUCGGUACUUGCUGUUAAGCGACUAUGUGGGUGUAACCUCAGUGAGAAGCAGUUUCGGUUGGAGAUGAACCGAUUAGGGCAGCUGCGACACCCGAACUUGGUGCCGCUGUUAGGAUACUGCAUGGUCGAGGAGGAGAAGCUCUUAGUAUACAAGCAUAUGCACAAUGGGUCUCUGCACUCCAAUUUACACGAGAAAGAAUCCAACCCAUAUGGGAUUAGUCCGUACUGCUCCUUGGACUGGCCGACAAGGCUCCGACUUGGGCUCGGAGCUGCCCGUGGCCUCGCCUGGCUCCACCAUGGGCUCGAGCCCCCGUGUCUGCACCAGAACGUGAGCUCAAAUGUGGUCCUUCUGGAUGACGACCUCGAAGCCCGUUUGACGGAUUUUGGGCUUGCAAGGCUCGUGGGCAUGAAUGAUGGUCCCAGCUCGAUCAGGGAUGCAGACGUGGGGCAGCUCGGGUACAGGGGCAUGGAAGACUUGGGCGCAAUUGCGGCCUCCCUGAAGGAGGAUGUGUACAGCUUUGGGGUCGUGCUACUGGAGCUGGUGACAGGGCAGCAGCCACCUGAGGUAUAUACGGUGGACGGUGUAUAUAAGGGAAACUUGGUGGACUGGGCGAGUCAGCUGAGCGGCUCAGGACGAGGGAAGGAUGCGAUCGAUAGGUCUCUUCGAGGCAGAGGAUAUGAUGAGGAGAUCACGGAGGUCAUGAGAGUCGCCUGUUCAUGUGUCGUCUCGAGGCUGAGGGAUAGGCCUUCAAUGUACCGAGUUUAUGAAUCGCUGAAGAGCAUCGGGGCUAAGCAUGGGUUCUCAGAAAUGGAUGACGAGUUCCCGAUGAUCUUUGGGAGACAAGAUUCCGACUGAAGCGAAAGAUGUUCUUAUCUCUAUCGCGUUUCAACCGUCUCCCUGUCUAUGUUUUGCCUGUGGAGGAGAAAGUUUACUUGGACCGAGUAAUAAACGGAGUCGGAGUCCCUGAUCGAUCUAGAUGUCGACCGACCCCAUCUCUUCUCAGGGCCAAGAAAUGGCUGGUAAUUGUCCAUCCCGUCGUCCUUGUCCUUAGGACUUGAUCACAUGCAACUAGAGCCCCAUUGAUGGGGGAAGCAGACAACUUCAAGAAAUUAGAUCCUGUGCUGCGGGCAAUCCUUUGCUUAAAUGUUAUAUUGCCACGGAUAGUGUAUCAACAAUCCUGGUACCAGUUGCGAUUCUCAUCUACAAUGAAAAUUCAGGUCAUUAUAUAUAUAUA